GCAUAUCAAACAUCAUUUAGAGCUACUGCAUUAUAUAUAUAAUAGUAGAGAUGGCUCUUGCAUACUCUUCAGUGAUGAUUUGUUGCAACUUUGGGAGAGAUUUGCCCUUGAAAGCUACCAAAACUACAACCCUAAAGCCUGCCAUCAAAUCAUUUUCUCAGAGAACUAAGGUUGCUGUGCCUCAAGAGCCCAUAGUUCGACGAUCAGGCGAUUACCAACCUUGCAUUUGGGACUACAACUUUUUUCAGUCUCUGAGAACUGAUUACACUGGUGAAGAAUGCAAUGCUCGAGCUGCGGUGUUGAAAGAAGAUGUUAAGUUGAUUCUUGAAAACGUAGUUGAUCCGUUAGAUCAGCUGGAGCUAAUUGAUAGCUUUCAAAGACUUGGCCUGGGUUACCAUUUUGAAGAAGAAAUCAAACGUACCUUGGAAAAGAUAUACAAUAGUGAUUCAACAAAUAAUGAUAAGUGGGAAAAGAAUUUGUUGGGAAAUUUGCAUGCUACUGCUCUUAAAUUUAGGCUUCUCAGACAACAUGGAUAUCAUAUGUCCUCAGAGGUUUUCAGGGGAUUUAUUGGAGAUGAAAGGUUCAAUAAAUCUCAUGCUGCAGAUGUGAAAGGAAUGUUGAGUUUAUACGAGGCCUCGUAUGCCACUGAUGGAGAGUCACUGAUGGAGGAAGCUUACUCCUUUGCGAGUAAAUUCCUCAAGGAGUGUGUCAAGUCUAUUGAUGAUUCAGAUCUUGGCAUGCAAGUUAGUCAGGCUCUGGAGCUUCCUCAACAGUGGAGGAUUCCUAGACUUGACGCAAGGUGGUACAUGGAAAUUUACGAAAGAAGCAGUAACAUGAUCCCAGAAGUACUAAAAUUCGCAAAGUUAGACUUCAACAUUGUGCAAGGACUAAACCAGGAAGAACUUAAAGAUGUGUCAAUGUGGUGGAAUAAAACGGCUCUAGGACAUAAGCUUGACUUUAUAAGAGACAGAUUGGGGGCGUCUUUUUUAUGGGGGGUGGGAAUUUCUAGCAAACCUCAACACCGAUAUUUCAGGAUACAAAUUGCUAAAGUAAUACAGCUUAUUACAACACUAGAUGAUGUCUACGAUGUUUAUGCUACAUUGGAUGAACUUGAACUCUUCACAAGUGUCGUCCAGAGAUGGGACUUGAAUUCAAUGGCGGAGCUGCCACACUACAUGAAAAUUUGUUUCUUGACGCUUUACAAUCUUAUCAAUGAGAUUGCCUACGACAUACUGAACGAGCAGAACUUUGACGUUUUACCACAACUAAGAAAAUCGUGGACUGAUUUGUUGGAAGCUUACUUAGUAGAGGCGCGAUGGUUUCACACUGGAUACCAGCCUACAUUCGACGAAUUCAUGAGAAAUGGACUGGUCAGUAUAACGGGGCCUAUUAUAGCAAUUCAAUCAUACAUUUUCACAUCAAAUCCAAUCAGGGAAGAAGAUAUGGAAUUUCUUGAAAGUCUUCCUCAUGUCCUACGUCUGGCAUCAGAGAUUUUUCGACUGGCGGAUGACUUUGGAACUUCAUCGAAUGAGUUGAAGAGAGGAGAUGUUCCGAAAUCCAUACAAUGCUACAUGAUGGAUAAGGGAGUUUCAGAAGAAGUUGCACGUGAAGACAUGAUAAGUUUGAUGAAGAUGAAAUGGGCAGCAGUGAUGAAGUGCAGGUUUGCAGAUGACAAUCCUCUAGAUUGGUCAUUUGUGGAGAUGGUAUUAAAUCUGGUUCGAACAGCACAUUGCUUUUACAAUGCGGGAGACGAUGGCCAUGGUGUCGAAGAUGGUUUAACCGAACAUAGAAUUUCUUCGCUGUUUACUCAUCCAAUCCCUCUUAUUUAGGAUACAGCUAUUGGAAAAGUUUAAAUGAGGUAGCCUCGUCAUUACUAACGGUACGGUCUGUUUGGGAUCGUCAUGACUGAUGGUUUGUUUGGGAGUUAUUUCAAAAAUUAUUGUGCUGAAUGACAAAAUCAUACACACAUUAGUAAAAGCUAUUGUAUGUGCCCACAAGACAAGUGAUAUAAAUCUGUCUAGUUUGCUUUAUUUUCCUGAAAUAAAUAAUACUCUGAUCUUUU